AUGCGUUUCACACCUCCAAGGUGUAAAGCGUUUCUACAGGACUGGGUUGGUUCAGCUCCCAGCCUCAGUCGAACUGAAGAAGUAAUAGAGCAAAAGGAUAAGUUUUGUUAUUUGGACAGCUAUAUCUCACCUGGUGGACGCAUCACGGAUGAAGUGUCAGCUAGCAUACAGAGGGCUCAGUCAGCAUCUGUCAACUUGCGACAUCUGUGGCGCCGUCGCGAUAUCCGGGUAUCUGUGAAGGAUCGAAUGUAUGCCGCGGCAUUUUGA